UCUUGUCACCCGCACAGCCAGCCGCUGGUGGAUUUAGAGGAGCCAGCAUUCCAGCCCGCCCAGACAUCCACGCUCUCCUUCGCCCGCACCCAGCCCUGCCAGCCAACUCUCCAGGGUACAAAGUACAGCCGGGACGCGGGCGGAGCCCUUCCGAGCGGAGGGCAGCCUUAUCUUUCCCGAGUGAAUACCUAGAUGGAUUUCCAAUACCGUGCCUGGCACGUUCCGGAGGAAGUGUCCAGCUCCUCCUGAGCUCCCAGCCUCGCGCCCGGGGUUUCUACAGUAGCUAUUCCCGUGGGAGACGCGGGAGGGGGGGGGCUGUGGGCCCCACAAGCUUUCGUAAGAUUGGCAGCGGUUCAUUCAGACCUCUGAAGCCCCUCGCCCGCGAGGGCGGCCCUGAGCCGAGCGACUCAGGAUCCCUAGAGCAUAAUCGUGGCUCUUCCUGCUCGCUACGCUCCCGGCUCAGGACCAGUUUCCGCGACUCCAAGAGUAUUCGCGUGGGCACUUGUGCAGUGGCAGAGCCCAAAGGGAGCAGGACCGCGCGGAGAACGUCAGCGCGCCGCCAGACCGCAUGCACUCUGCACAGGCCUCCUACGCGUCGGGCUGGAGCCCCAGCCCGGGCAGCUGCGGUGAAGGGGGCUGCAGCAGGGGCCCCGGGGCCGGCGCUACGGACGGCAUGGAGGAGCCUGGGCGAAACGCGUCCCAGAACGGGACCUUAAGCGAGGGCCACGGCAGCGCCAUCCUCAUCUCCUUCAUCUACUCCGUGGUGUGCCUGGUGGGGCUGUGCGGGAACUCCAUGGUCAUCUACGUGAUCCUGCGCUAUGCCAAGAUGAAGACGGCCACCAACAUCUACAUCCUAAACCUGGCCAUCGCCGACGAGCUGCUCAUGCUCAGCGUGCCCUUCCUGGUCACCUCCACCCUGCUGCGCCACUGGCCCUUCGGCGCCCUGCUCUGCCGCCUCGUGCUCAGCGUGGACGCGGUCAACAUGUUCACCAGCAUCUACUGUCUGACUGUGCUCAGCGUGGACCGCUACGUGGCCGUGGUGCACCCCAUCAAAGCAGCCCGCUACCGUCGCCCCACCGUGGCCAAGGUGGUGAACUUGGGGGUGUGGGUGCUGUCUCUGCUUGUCAUCCUGCCCAUCGUGGUUUUCUCGCGCACCGCGGCCAACAGCGACGGCACGGUGGCCUGCAACAUGCUCAUGCCCGAGCCUGCCCAGCGCUGGCUCGUGGGCUUCGUGCUGUACACGUUUCUCAUGGGCUUCCUGCUCCCCGUCGGAGCCAUCUGCCUGUGCUACGUUCUCAUCAUAGCCAAGAUGCGCAUGGUGGCCCUCAAGGCCGGUUGGCAGCAGCGCAAGCGCUCGGAACGCAAGAUCACUCUGAUGGUGAUGAUGGUGGUGAUGGUGUUUGUCAUCUGCUGGAUGCCUUUCUAUGUGGUGCAGCUGGUCAACGUGUUCGCUGAGCAGGACGAUGCCACGGUGAGCCAACUGUCGGUCAUCCUGGGCUACGCCAACAGCUGCGCUAACCCCAUCCUCUACGGCUUUCUCUCGGACAACUUCAAGCGCUCUUUCCAGCGCAUCCUGUGCCUCAGCUGGAUGGACAACGCAGCGGAGGAGCCCGUCGACUACUAUGCCACAGCCCUCAAGAGCCGCGCCUACAGCGUGGAAGACUUCCAGCCUGAGAACCUGGAAUCCGGAGGCGUCUUUCGUAAUGGCACCUGCACUUCCCGGGUCACUACGCUUUGAGCGCGGGCCGGCGCCAGGAAGCUGGAGAAAGACCGGGUGGGAGGCGCAGUGGAAAGCGAGGUUAUCUGGGCCGCCUCCGGGGGCGGUGGGUGUGGGUACCCUGGGGCUAGGGCCCUAGGAAGGCCUCUCAAAGACCGAGGUAGAAUCCAGAGCUCUGCUUAUAAAUCGGGAAGUCUUUCUGAGCACUUUUUUCUCAGGCUCCCACUUUUGUCCUUUCUCCUCUCGGCUGCGCCCACUCUUCAGAAUCCCUCUGAGCUCCACACCUGUCAAUCCUUCUUUCCCCACCGUCCCACCGCCAGUGUAGAUCAGCAACUCGGCCCCACCACCUCGGUCCUGUCCGCAUCCCCUCCAGCUGUUAUUUCUGUUUGUUUAAACUGAGCCAAGAUUGUAGGCACGAGGUUCCCUCCGGGUGGGUGGGUUCCCAGCUCGCCCCCAGACCUGGCCUGGCGCUGGCUCAGGCCUCCUUGGCCAGACUCUGCCUGGUGUUCCUCAGAGAGUGGAGAACUACUGCUUUCCUUUUGAGGAGUUUUACUUUAAGGCAAGUCGACUUCACCCUGAACUAGGCAGACUUAAACUGUGAGAGAGGACCCACUUAGAAAUGAGCUGGGCAUCCUUUUUCACUGGGACCCUCCACAGCUCCCACUCCACCCUGAGCAGAGCUGGAGGCAGAGGGGUCUUGUGGUUCCUACCCCAGGCAGCCUCUAUGCAGGCCCCACCCCCUCACCCCCUUUGGAGCAAAAAGGAGCUUGAGAACAAGCCUUUGUAGAAGAUCCCUGGGUUGGAGAGUGUGCCAUAGAGGCCACCCUCCUUCUUGGCUCCCAGUUUCAAAAUUCCUUUCUCCUUGGCCUUGGGGUCAAGCUGGGCAGGGGCAGGGCACUUUCCUAGACUGCUACCCUGAAGCAAAGCAGCUCCCUCCCCAAAUUUAUGGAGGAGUCAACCUGACCUAAGAAUCACAGCACACUGGAUUUCCUGCUCCCCUUAGGUCUCUAGAGGCAGUGGGGCAGAGGUCUAGGAUAACAACUUAGAGCCUUGGUCAAAGGUGGCCAUGUGGCCGCAGCCCGCAGGCUGGAGUGCAGUCCACCUGGCCUGUGAGGGCUGCUCCCUUUCAAGUGGUGCCUAAUAAGUUAUUUUCUUGUUUAAAUAUUUAUUUAUUUAUUUGUGGUGUUGGGAAAUGUGUUUCUGCUUUCCUUUUCUGCCCUUGCCUAGAUCUGGGAGUUUGUUUUCUUGGGAACUCCAGGGAUUAGAGUGGAGCGAAUGGAGGACACUUUCUCCCUACUUCAAGUUCUCCUCAAAUCCUUCACUCUGCUGGACUCUCUUUUCUGAUCCUCUCCUCUAGUAUUUCUAUUUUCUUGGUACCCAGUGAAAUUUGGAGAUUUUUCAUAUUUUUUCUUACUGUAGCUGCUUGUCUUAUAAUACUAAUAAAUAAAUGACAGUGGGGGCAGCUAGCUUCCUUUCCAUGCACAGUGAAAAGCUCCAAACUCCUGGCUUUCCAGGAAACAUACAUAGGGAAAGCACCACCUUAUAUGUGAUUUUAGUGUGUGUGUGUGUGUGUGUGUGUGUGUGCGUGUGUGUGUGUGUUUGUGGAUAUGUGUGUGUUUACUCAUAUUUCAUUUGUUUAUUUGGUCCCAUUGUCAUGAGUCCAUGAAACAAUUCUAAGUAGAGCCACUAACAGUGAUAGAUGUGAUUCUGGCUGGAAAACUUUCAGGUUUUGAGGUACAAGUAACACUCAACCUGGAACUGCGAAAUCUAGUUCAGAGACUUUAAUCACUGCUAAGGAUGUCCCUACUUCUUUUAGGUUCCAGCAGAAAUGAUUCUUGCAAUCCAGUUUAUAUUGCCACUACUUGUUGAGAACAUCAGAAAUGAAAUGAUUUGUGUUUUUGUUUAAUCUUGCCAGCUACAUUGGAAAUCUGAGCAGGGCAAGCAGCAACAAUUUUACUUCUUUGUAUUUCUUGUGUUGCUUAGUAUACUGGCUUGUACAUAGUAUGCACUAGAUACAUGUUUGUUGUUUGAAGUUUGAAAUAAGCUAGAGUGUAUUACAGUGAUCUGGAGAUAAUAAUCUGGGAUUCUCAGGUUCCCUUGCUGACAUGAUACACAAUGGUUGCACUUACUCUAGAAAAAGGUGUUUCCUGUAUAUUUACUUCAACAUUGUGCUUUUCUAAAAGCAGUAAACAAGAAUUAAAUGUCUCUAAUGUUUAAUUUAAACUAAUGAACAAAUAUGCUUUUGAUCAGAAAUCAGAAAGUUUAGAUCUGUCCCUUAAUAAUACUAUAUAUUAUUACUCUUUUGGAAAAUAGAUUUUUAAUGUUUAAGAACAGUGGAAUUUACAAAUUGAAAUAUUGAUCAUCAUACUAUUAACAGGAUAUAAAUCUCGUGCUUUUAACCUGUUAUUGUAAUACUAACUAAAUAAACAGAUGUAUGAUGCUAUUGCAAGUCCUCUGACUGGCGCUUGAAUUUUACAAUUGUAAUGAAUUACUUGAAACAUGCACACACACACACACACACACACACACACACACACACACACACCAAGGCUUGAUUUCAGAUUAUCUUUGGAAAUUUUACCAAUAUUGCAAUUAUUUUCUUUAAAGAAAAUUCUGUUAAUUCAAAGAGGGAGAGAGAGAGGAGGGAAACAGUUGAGUCAGUAAGAAUAAGAAACAAUGUCCUCCUUUGCACUCUGUUGUCACCAAACCAAGUAGAUAAUAUCUCUAUCACUCACAGAUUAAAUUACUGUCUGCCCUCAUUUAUGACCUUAGACUGUGUUGUUGGAGCUAAGUAAUUGCUGAUUUACAUCUGGAGAAAAGAUAAUGAUAUGGAAAAAUUAUUUCUUAAAAGUGUUGUGGAGUGUAGUGGUUACAAGAGAUGGGAAAAUUGGAUUUCAAUGUAAGUAACACAAGGGAAGAAGGAGCUACUCUAUGCUUUGUUCAAUGAUGGCUAUUUCCAUCCUGGAAGAAUGUAAGAAGACACUAGGGAAGAAUUUUUGAAAGACUUUAAUUUUUACAGUAGUUUUAUUUUCACAGCAAAAUGAACAGAAAGAGGUAUUUCCCAAGUAGAUGACAGCAGCAGUAAUUCUAGGACCAGAGUGCGAUGGGGGGGCUUCCAAUGCUCCAUAACUCCGAGCUUAAUAGAGUGCUACCCAUUAUCUCAAUGUGACAUGGAUGGCUGAACUGCAGUCUUUUUAUGAUUUUUAAAAAGCUGUAGCAAAGUGAGUGACAAAUGGAAAAUUAGACUUCCAACCUAGCUGUGGCGAAGAGAACAAUUUC